AUUUCAACUCCGUAAUCAUUGUGUUUUCUGUACAGAACAGCUACUAUCUUGCAAUGGAAACCAAACCUCAUCCGCAUCUUCAUAUUUUCUUCCUUCCAUUUAUGGCUCAAGGCCACACUUUACCCAUGAUAGACAUUGCCAAACUAUUUGCUUCACGCGGUGUAAAAUGCACCAUAGUAACCACCCCUGCCAAUGCACCAAUCAUCUCCAAAGCAAUCCAAACUAGCAAAGGUUUCGGUUUUGAAAUUGAAGUUGUUGUCAUCAAAUUCCCAUCCGCUGAAGUUGGGUUGCCUGAAGGAAGUGAAAGUACUAAAUUGGAGAAGACAGACGAGAUGAGGGAAAAGUUCUUAAAAGCAAUCACUCUGUUUGAACAACAGGUAGAGAAAAUUCUAGACCAACAUCAUCCUCAUUGCCUUGUUGCAGACUUUUUAUUUCAUUGGGCUACAAAUGUUGCUGCAAAGUUUGGGAUCCCAAGGUUCGUCUUUCAUGGAGCUGGUUUUUUUGCCUUGUGUAGUCUAAAGAGUGUAAUGCUGUACCAACCUCACAUGAAGGUUUCAUCAGAUUCAGAAUCUUUUGUUAUUCCUAGUCUCCCAGAUGAGAUAAUUAUGACAAGAAACCAGCUAGCACCUUUUCUUACUCGAAAUGGUAAGACAGAACUCAUCAAGCUAAUCAAAGCAUCCAGAGAAGCUGAGGAAAGGAGCUACGGGAUUAUUGUAAACAGCUACUAUGAACUUGAACCUGAUUAUGCAGAUCACUAUAGGAAGGUGUUGGGGAAGAAGUCAUGGCAUAUCGGCCCAGUCUCUUUAUGCAACAAGGUAGAAAAAGAUAAAUCAGAGAGGGGAAGGGAAGGUUCAGUUGAUGAAGUACAUGAGUGCUUGAACUGGCUUAAUUCCAAGAAACCCAAUUCGGUUGUUUAUAUAUGUUUUGGAAGUAUGACCAAAUUCAGUGAUUGUCAGCUCAUAGAAAUUGCCUUCGGUCUUGAGGCUUCUCAGCAGCAAUUCAUUUGGGUUGUGAAUAAAGAAAAUAAUGAUAAAGAAGAGUGGUUACCUGAAGGAUUUAAGCAGAGAAAUGAGGGUAAGGGACUGGUUAUAAGAGGUUGGGCUCCCCAACUACUGAUUCUUCAAAAUGAAGCAGUUGGGGUCUUUGUCACUCAUUGUGGGUGGAACUCAAUCCUUGAAGGGGUGUCUUCUGGGGUUCCAAUGAUCACCUGGCCAGUGUCUGCAGACCAGUUUUUCAAUGAGAAGUUGGUGACUCAGAUACUUGGCAUUGGGAUUGCCAUUGGUGCUCAAAAGUGGGAGGAUGAUAGUGUGCAGAGAGAAGCCAAUGUGAAGAGGGAGGCUAUAGAGAAGGCUGUGACUGAAUUCAUGGUGGGUAAUGAACAAGAAGAAAUGAGAAGCAAAGUGCUUGCGCUUGGACAGAUGGCAAGGAGGGCGGUUGCAGAAGGUGGUUCAUCGCACUCUGAUUUAACUGCUCUAAUUGGAGAGUUGUGGUUCCUCGUGUCUUGAUUCUCUUGAUGCAGCUAAAUUGCCAACAUUUUCAGCAUUUCUAUCUGUUGCAGGAAAUCAAGACAUUGUGUGCCUAGUCCAAAUAGGUUUAGGAUUACUUAGCUUGGCUGUAGUAGGGUUAGCAAAUUCCUACUUGUACUCAAAAGAUAUUGUACUUGUAAUCCUCUAUAUAUAGAGGCUCCUAUUAUCGGUGAAAGCAUCUCAAUUUCCU